CACAUUCAAACAUCAAUACUACUUUAAAAUUUGUCAAAAGUUCUUCCAUCAAGCCAACUAACUUUCUGUUUAUUCAAACAUAGUUAAUUCAUGGCCAUUUCCUAUUUGUCUUUAUUAUGCAUUAAAUUAUUCUUUUUUUACAGACUUGGGCACUUUUCAAUGUCAAGUCAAAUGUCUCAGCCUUCUUCGUCUUCCUUAGCCUUGUUCUUUCCUACCCAUUUUAUCUUACACAUAUUACCAAACACCUUGUACUCAUUACCCAGAACUGUUAAAUUAAAUCCCCAAAACCCUAGUUCCUGCUCAAAUUACACCAUGGGUCGUUUCAGUUUUAGCCUUUUAAUUGUUUUAAUUCUGGCUUCUCUUGUAGCUGCUGCUGUAGUUGAAGAUGAUCUCAAAUGUUUAAAAGGAUUAAAAAAAUCCUUAAACGAUCCAGAUGGAAAUUUAAUUACAUGGAACGUUAACAAUUCAACAAUCGGAGCUGUCUGUAAGUUUAGUGGUGUCAAUUGUUGGAAUGACAACGAAAAUCGCAUAAUUAGCCUUACUCUUUCAACGAUGAACCUUGGUGGUAAGGUUACAGAAUCCGUACAGUAUUGUGCUAGCUUAACUACCCUUGAUCUUUCUGGUAAUAGCUUUUCUGGUCCUAUACCUUCUCAAAUUUGCACUUGGCUCCCUUAUUUGGUAACCCUAGACUUGUCAAAGAAUGAUUUUAGUGGUUCUAUCCCUGCUGAUCUUGCUAAAUGUGCUUUUUUGAAUAAAUUAAUGCUUAGUGAUAACAAGCUUUCUGGAAAUAUUCCACCUGAAUUUUCUAGUUUAGCUAGGUUGAAAACUUUCUCUGUGGCGAAUAAUCAACUUUCUGGUAGAAUUCCAGCAGCUUUCGAUGACAAGGAUUCGAAUAACUUUAACUUUGAAGGGAAUAGUCUAUGUGGUGGACCUUUGGGGAAAUGUGGAGGACUAAGUAAGAAAAACUUAGCUAUUAUUAUUGCUGCUGGGGUGUUUGGUGCUGCUGCUUCGAUGUUGUUGGCAUUUGGUGCGUGGUAUUGGUUCUUUACGAAGGCUGGGAAGAGGAAGAGAGGGUAUGGAAUUGGGAGAAACGAUUCGGGUAGUUUGGCUGAGAGGUUGAGGGCUCAUAAGCUUACUCAGGUUGUGUUGUUCCAGAAACCACUUGUUAAGGUUAAGUUAGCAGAUUUGUUGAUUGCCACGAAUGGUUUUAGUGCAGACAAUGUUAUCAACUCGACUAGAAUGGGUACUACUUAUAAUGCUGUGUUACGUGAUGGUUCAGCACUUGCUAUUAAGCUGCUUAAUAGUUGCAAACUGAGUGAAAGGCAGUUUCGGGAUGAGAUGAAUAGGUUAGGGCAACUUAGGCAUCCUAAUUUGGUACCACUUUUGGGGUUUUGUGUUGUUGAAGAGGAGAAGCUUUUGGUUUAUAAGCACCUGUCGAAUGGUACUUUGCGCUCGUUCUUGAAUGGGAAUGCAAGUGAAUUGGAUUGGCCUACUCGGUUUAGAAUUGGUUUGGGUGCUGCUAGGGGCCUAGCUUGGUUACAUCAUGGUUGCCAACCACCUAUUUUGCACCAAAACAUAUGUUCUAAUGUUAUUUUCCUCGAUGAAGACUUUGAUGCUAGAAUAAUGGAUUUUGGGCUGGCAAGGUUGAUGACGCCUUCAGAUGCAAAAGACUCUAGUUUUGUGAAUGUGGAGUUGGGUGAAUUUGGCUAUGUAGCUCCAGAGUACUCUAGCACAAUGGUGCCUUCACUGAAAGGGGAUGCUUAUAGCUUUGGGGUAGUGCUUUUGGAGUUGGCUACUGGACAAAAACCUCUUGAAGUUACUGCUGGUGAAGAGGGAUUCAAGGGUAAUUUGGUAGACUGGGUGAAUCAGCUUUCUGUUUCAGGUCGCAUUAAAGAUGCAAUUGACCAGAACCUUUGUGGGAAGGGGCAUGAUGACGAGAUUGUGCAAUUUCUAAAAGUUGCUUGUAAUUCCGUGGUUUCUCGGCCCAAGGGUCGGUGGUCUAUGUUUCAGGUUUAUGAAGCACUUGAGAGCAUGGCUGAAAAACAGGGUUUCUCCGAACAGUAUGAUGACUUCCCGUUAUUAUUUGGCAAAGAAGGUGCUACUAGCAGCCCUGUAUGAAGCCGGAACUUCGAAAGCAUUACAAAAUAUUCCACUCCAAUUGAACGUGAUGCAUCCUGUUGUAAGUUUUCAGUUCCUAUUAGUGUAAGUGGCAUGACACUAUAUUGAUUGGCUCAGAAGUAAAUCCUUUAAAUAUUUCUGUAUGUAUAUUUGCAAAAUGCACAAAUCAUUUUUAAGUAUUUUGCUUGCUUGAAAUUUGUAGUAUAGGAAGCAACUGAUAAUUAUUUUUCAUGUUUGUGAUUACUGUUGCCUAUAGCAUUAGAUGUUAUGUAUUCAGAGGAUGCUCAACUGAACGUCUCAUUUAUUGGAAACUGCCUAUAUUACUGCUA